CCGCUUCCGCCAGCUACUAAGGAAAACCGGAAGUGGGGACCAGCCCUCCCCUCCCGCGGCCGCUCCGGCCAACAUGGCGGACCUCCACCGCCAACUGCAGGAGUACCUGGCGCAGGGUAAAGCCGGCGGGCUGGCGGCCGCGGAGCCGCUGCUCGCUGCGGAAAAAAGGGAGGAGACCGCGGCAGGGGACGGGCCGGCGGGGGCGUGGCUGGGCCGCGCGGGCCUGCGCUGGACGUGGGCGCGGGGCCCCGCAGAGCCAACGGUGGCGACAGGCUCAGCGUGCUUGCCAAGUGUGACGCGCGCGCAGCGGCUGGCGGCAAGCGGUGUGUGCCUGCUGCUGGCCGCGCUCUGCUUCGGCCUGGCCACGCUCUAUGCCCCCGUGCUGCUGCUGCGCGCCCGCAAGUUCGCGCUGCUCUGGUCUCUGGGCUCGGCGCUGGCGCUAGCUGGCGGCACGCUGCUGCGGGGCGGCGCGGCGUGCGGGCGCCUGCUACGCGGCGAAGAGACGCCGUCGCGACCCGCGCUGCUCUACGUGGCCGCGCUGGGCGCCACGUUGUACGCGGCACUUGGGCUACGCAGCACGUUGCUCACGGCGCUGGGCGCCUGCGUGCAGGUGGCCGCGCUGCUGACCGUGUUGUUCGGGCUCCUGCCCUGGGGCGCAGGCACCGCGCUGCGUGUAGCGCUCGGACGCCUGGGCCCGGCUACGGGCCUGGCCAAGGCGCUGCCCGUGUGAGAAGCCCAGGGCCCGCGCCGUCAGAGAAGGACGAGCCGUUCAGAGAUGACGCGGAGCCCGGUCCCGGGACCUACCGUCGGGGGAGCGCGCGAAGCCCAUCGCCGAGAGCCAGCCCCGGGCGCAGCGCGGACCGAGCCGACGACUGCACCCGGCGGUUUCCCGAUCGCGUUGGGUAGCUCCAUUAUUGUGCCAGCGAACCUGUCAUUGUCUUUGAGCGGCCAUUCUAAAGCGGAGACUCGAUCCGCUUCGGAAGUCUGUUUCAGCGUUCUUCCGCCAUAACUCGGUAGCAUGUGCUAUGAAACGAGAUGUUGUCGUUGACUUGGUGAUAUGCUGUGAAAAAUUUAUGUGAAAUUGUAAAUAUGGUGCCUUAUAAAAUUAAAGGAAGAUUGGAUCUGUAUUAGACCAUGAAAGCAAUGGACCAAAAAGGGAAACGUCUGCCCCAAAAGGGAGGACAUUUCAGUACUAUGAGAGGUCCCUGGACAGAACUAGACGGUGGACUCCUGGACAAGAGAAUUUUACAUCCAAAGUUCUGAUUUGACGGAAACCAUGGAUUUCUACAAGGCCUAAUUAUCAUUCCUAGUUUUAUUACCUGCUUUUUAAAGUAUAAUUUACAUUUUGUAGGCUGAUUCUAAUGCAGCGUAAGAUGCUUUUCUUAUCCGUUAAGUUUCCUUCUAGGUUCAGCAUUUACUCUUGUCUUUGACUUUAUUGUAUAUGCUAGUGUAUUGCCAGAAAGUUCAGACUGGGUAUUCUGAUGAGUCCAAAAAACUACAUGUUUUGUCAAUAGCUAUAUAUUAUAUGUAUAUAAUAUAUGUAUUUAGAAUUUUCAAAUUCUAUGUCAUUGGUUCUCAGUUCACAUCAGAAUUACUUAAAGAAGAAAACCUCAGAUCAAUUCAGUCAGAAUCUCUGGGGCGGUGGGGGGAGGUGGUGGGGACCAACCCAGGAAUCAGUAUUUUUUUAGAGCUCUCCAGAUGAUUCCAUGUUCAGUUAAGGUUGAGAACCACUUUUCUGUGCACUGGAUUGCACAAUUUGAAAAUAAUUAUUUUCUGGGGCUGGAUUCCACUGUUGCCUAAACAGGUGUGUCAGGCCGCAGUAGAGCUUCUUUGUUCAGCCUCAGUUAUAUUCCUAGGUCCUGAUCAGUGUCCUAAGCCCUGCCCCAACUUCAUGAGGUCCCCCACCCCAGUAUUCUGUAAGAAUUACUGCCUUGUUCCCUAAUCAGUAACAAGGUUACCUACCUCAAGAGGAACAACCAAGAGGGUGUUUGUAGUAAAAGCAAAUGUACUGUUUUCAGGGAGUGACUUAUUUUUGUAACUUGGAAAACUUGGGGCAUUGACUGCUCCUUCUGUCCCCCAGUUAAAUAUCUGUUCUAAUUCUCAAUUUCUCUAGGAUUUGCACAACUGAAGAUUUUACAGUGUUUAGUACAUUUUUAUGUUGAUGCUGUUAUAUUUUUUAAAUCAUUUUCCCAACAUUUUCUCACAAAUUCAAACACUGAAAAUCUAGCAUUUAUAAAAUUCAAAGCACGAUACCUUGUAUGUAUUUCGGUAGUGAUGUUUUAAGAUAUUCUAAGUAUUUAAUAAAUUACAGUGUAGAGAUUUCAGGUUUUUUCUAAAGGAAUUCUUUCUCAAAAAGUGAUCUGGUUAUCUGCUUGCUGAAGCCUAAAAAUGUUAAGAUGAUAAAUUUCUUACCACAUCAAUCUCAGAAAAAGGAGCCUAAUCUUCAUAUGGUUCGGUCUGGAUCCCAUUUUACCUUAAUCAGAAUUUGAUUACAACUCCUUUUUAAGCUGUGCCAGUGAAGGGCAGAUAAAGAAUAUUCCACAAACUUGAAGCAUUCUUGGGCCUCCUAAUCAUGCGUUUAUACUGACGUGCUGAUAAAUGUUUUUAAUUUCAAAACAAAAUGAAAAUGAUUCACUUGUAGUCUCUAGUUUUUAACACCUUAAAAAGCUGUGUGUGUAGUUGACGUUUUCUCACUCUGCAGAAAUAACUUCACUUUUACCAUGUUUUACAUUAACAGAGAACUAAUUAAGAGGUUUUUAUAUGCUAUCCAACUGUGCCAACAUCCCUUGUCUUAAGCAACUGUGAGACUUCCAACACCACUACAUUUGCCAGUUAAACGUGUCUCCAAUACCAAAGAUGUUAGGGUAGCCAGAGAAAUAGCCUUUGAAUAAUAAAAGCUUUCUUAUAAAAACACAAUAAGGGUCAGUAGAGAAAAUACAGGGUUAUCAAACUGAACUUUUGACUUCCAAUCCAAACUGGGCCAAAUGUUAACAUUUAUUUAAAACUAAAGGAAUUUGUUGUGGGUGAGAACUUCCUGGCUUUAAGCUAGAACUAUCCUCGGCCUUAAACACUGGUGUAAGAGAAGAUUUUGCAGAAUUAUUUUAGGAGAGAUUUGGUCCAUUUCUUCUUAAUUUGUGACAUGAUGUAAUCAGAAGGGUGCAUGUAGUUAAUUUCUGGUUUAUGUCAGGUUCCUCUCAUCAGAAACAAGGGAAUUCAAGUCUAAGGCGUGAUUACCAGGAGAUGCACCCAAGGGAGAACCCCUACUUCAACAGCCAGAAGAUUUUUUUUCUUCAGAGUAUAAUUUUCCACCUGCCAUAGCAGAUGGUAACUAAGGCUUUGAAUCUACUUCAAACUGUGUUAAUAGUUUCAAAGUAUCUUGCUCUGUUACAAAAAUAAGUGUGACAGAAUGGGCAGAUGAGAAUCUGAGACAGAAAGUUCACGGAUGAAAUUAACUUACUUAGAUGGCUCAGAGGUACCCAACAAGCGUGCUCACAAAUAGAAGCGAUAAUUGUACCCCCCUCAGCUGACUGGAUGCAGCGGAAACGAAGUGUUUCCUUAAGGCAAGCACUUCACAACUAGUUUUCUGUUAAUUCUUGCGUAAAUCACAUUCUGUAUUCAUACAAAAACAACCUAAUGUUUUUUCUCUGACAAACUGUACAUAUAGAAACAAAUUUCCAAUUGGACAUGAACUUAAAUUGUGGAGGUGCUCCAUGUCUCGUGACACUUAAAAAAAAAAAGAUUCCAGCUUUUAUCUUCACAAAACAAUGGGAGUUAGGGCAGUGAGG